AUGGUUUACACAGGGAAGCCCUCCGGGGGGUGCAAGCUGUGCAGGAUAAGGAAGGUGAAAUGCGACGAGGCGAAGCCAUUUUGCCAAAGAUGCACCAAGUCGAAACGCCACUGUCCCGGCUACGGCGCCGUUGUCCGCGACCAGAGCAAGUCGGCCGACAAGCUCAAGAAGAUGAGGUCCGGGAGCUCCGACAGCAACAGUGCUAUCGAUCCAUCAAUACCGAUCAAGAGCGUUGAAGUGGAUGACUGGUACUUGGAUACGACGGCCAUUACCACAAGGAGAGGUUCUACACCAAACUUCAGAUUGGGCGACAAGCAAGGCGACCUGAUGAGUGUGUUUGAGAAGGUACCAGGAGGGUUGAUGGACUCGUUGGAUGAACAAGCUUCAUGUCUUUUCUUGUCUGAAUUCGUCAAUGUGCCCUUAACACCGACUGCACGCGGGUAUUACGCCUUUUUACCACGAUUCCUAGGCAGCGGGACGGUAUCGGUAUGCCUUUCGCAGGCGUUCAAGGCCACAUCCAUGGCGGCGUUAGCUAUGAGGCAAUCGAAGGGUAUGAGAGGUACAGCACUGCUGCGCGCUCAGGAGCAUCACAUCAAAGCAUUGAGGGCGGUCGGGCAGGCUAUCGCGGACCCCAAGGAGAUGAGAAGCGAUCAGACGUUGGGCGCCGUGAUUAUGCUGGCAUUCUAUGAGACAUUGAUGUCCCAAGACUCUAUGAAAGAGUACAUCAGUCAUCUCAAGGGCGCCGCACGUAUCGUGCAGAUGCGCGGGCAGCAGUGCCUGGAAACAGUUGAAGGGAAAGAACUCUUUGCAAUGACGAGGAACCAAUGCCUCUCCGUGUCGAACAUAUUCAAAGAGGCUGAGAUGUCCAGUUACUCGUGGCUUCUUUACAACGAAGCCAUUCAGCAGAGCAACAAGCCGACUGUUGACAUCAGUCUCAUGGCCAGUCAGAUUCAGCAGGCUGUCGACGGCAUCAUUGCCAAGGCCAGCUCACCGAGUCCCGAAGCGAUUGAGAAAAUGAUGGAGCUGGUUGUAAAGGCACGACGAUUGGAGGCAGAGUUUCGCAAAAUCAACGACAACAACCCGAGUCCUACGUGGAAGGUCGAGACGGCGGAAUACGUGUUCGACCGAACCGACGAAGAGCUCGAUACGGAACCGACCUUCGAGGGACAAGUGUACAAGUUCUUCAACCUUCCGAUGGCCGUGUUGCACCUCGUCACUUGGUGCACUCAUCUCAAUUUGAUCACGACCAUGAUGCGAGCAUCUUCAUGGCUCGCCUCGGCUGAGAAGGAAAUGUUCGAGGACGAUGACGAGUAUGAUGAGCUAAAUCGGAUAGCCACCACCCGGGUUGAGGAUAUUGUUGGGGCAGUUCCGUACUUCUGCAGUUGGAACGGGUACGGAGUGAUCGUUUCACAGUUUCCUUGUGGUACCACCAAGCCUGAUGAUCCUCUCAAGGGAGAGGCUGGGCUCAUCGUUAUGUGGCCGGUGGCCAUGGCGAUGAAGAGCGAAUGGGCAACAGCACGACAGAGACGAUACCUCAGAGGAAGGCUCCGGUACAUCGCAGACGUGUCCGGCAUCAACCAGGCGCGGUUCUUUGUCAACGAAGUUUAA